AUGAUCUUCCCAGUGGCCCUCCUUUCUGCGAUUUUUCUAAUUUCUGCCUCCGUGGGAUCGGACGAAUCCUGCCAUCCCCUCGAAGACGAGUGCGAGACCAUUAACGUACAGCGGUACUUCGAGAAGUGCCACAAGAAGGAUGCCGAGCUCUUAAAGUGCAGGGCUGAUUACACAGAAUUGCAGAAAAAAGGUCUCGACAAAUAUUACCAGAUAAUAAAAUUCCAACAGGAUUAUUCGGAAUUGGUGAAAAGACAUUUGGAAGUGCUGAGUCAACUUAAAGAAAGUGAAGUUAAAUACGCGCUGUUGCAUUCGAAGCAGCAGGAAGUUGACAAUCUAAUAAAUCAAAAAAAUAACGAAAUCGACCUCCUAAAAGAUGAAAUUAGGGAACUAAAAGAAAAAAGUGAACUUGCAACGUUGACUAAUCAGUUCCGCGAAAACAUCGAUAAGUUGGAAAAAAUAGUAAAGAACGGAGAAAUUCAUGAAAAUAACCCAACAAAGUCGGAAGUAGAAACUGGGGAGGUCCCAACAACUGCACUGCCCAAUAUUAAGAUUGAGACGACGCCGAAAACACAAACCAUAGAUUUUCCAGAUCCUUGUCCACGAAACCAAAAAGAAAGAAUAGUCCUCCGCGAAAUCAAACUACCAGGCUCAGACCCGUUUAAAGCGGUUUGUUAUUCAGAUUCGGAUAUUGGAUCUGGAUGGUUGCAUGUUUCUAGAAAAAUGUAUACUUCACAAACAUUUAAUCGCACGUAUGAGGAUUAUGAACGUGGAUUUGGUGAUGUAGGAACUGAGUUGGCAAAUGAGUUCUUUAUUGGACUCAAUCGAUUGCACCAUCUGACCAGUGGAAGUCAUGAAGUGCUUUUAGGGACCCUUUCAGGCAGUAGCAGAUGCCCCAACUUUGUUGUGGGCGAUCGAAGCGAAGGGUACAGGGUGAAAAAUAAUGGUAAUUGUUUUGGAGACGGGUUAUGGAUGAGCCCUAAGCAAGAUUCAAAAUUUUCCACCUUCGAUCGAGACGAGGAUGGAGUUCCUGAUCGUAAUUUGGCAAAGGAAUAUGGCUAUGGCUGGUGGUUCGAUCCUGGUAUGAGGUGUGUAUUCUAAUUAGGUUUUCUUUUAGUUUCAUCUCUAACUGGAAAUUUCUA